AGCACAAUUUUAUGAAAACGGAUUAAACAAAACAAAGGCCUGAGUUUGUGUUGUUUUUUUUUCUUCUUGUGAAUCUCUUGUUAUUAUUUAAUUCCAAUGGUGGAUGUUCAACUAUGUUCUUAAAUUAAUUGUGUUAACCUAUCAGUAAAUCUCUAUUGGAUGAGAUGUCUACGGAAGAUCUCUUCUAAUGAAAAAAAGAGCUCUAACCGAUAAAAAAGACGACGAUACCAAGAGACGUGCAGAGGAGCAUACAUAUUACGUAGAGCUAGCAGGUACCCUUGCUGCUAGGAUGCGUGACAUGCCGAAGAAGAUAACUAAGAAUGAAAUUUUAAAUCAAACUUUCAAUGAGAUUAACCAAAUCCACAAAUCUACAAACCAUUCUGGUGAUCUUCAGACCGCCGAAGUGUCUUCAUCAGCGUCUACUCUAUGUUCCUCAGCUGUGUUUAGCCCAUGGAUAUUGGAAGCCAUAGAUGGUUUUCUGUUCGUCGUUGAUCAAGAUGGUAUAAUUCAGUACAUCACCCAUAAUGUUCACACCUUUCUGCGAUAUAAAGAGAAUGAGCUUCGGGGUAGUCCGAUAGGAAACAUAAUUCACGUCGGCGAUCUCGCUAAAUUCAAUUCUAAACUACUUCCUAUGUCUGCCCUUGGUAAUGGACUUGGAUGGUCUGGAACGAGUACAAGUAGUUUAAAUACGACUAACAGAGGCAAUGGAGGUUCUGAUAUAUCAUCAUCGUCGAGAGGUUUUUCAUCAUCACCAUGCUCAAAUGAUGUCUCUCCUAGUAUGCUCAUCGGUGGUUUGAAAUCACUUGGCGGUGUUGGUGGAUCAACAUCAAGUUCUGGUGCUAAUAAGAGUGAUACUUUUAAUGCCCGUUUUUUGGUUAACCCUAACCCUACGACAGCUGGAGAUGAUAAUAAUGAUGUUAAUGAGAAUGACAUUAACUCAAAUGAUGAAUUUAUUAUACCUUCUUUAACCUCAAAUAGCUCAAUUAGAAAAAGUAACAAUGAAUUUGGUGAAAAUUCUGGUGCUAUUAAUAGAGACAAUAUAGUUUCUGGUUGUUCCUUAAACAAAUUAUCUGAUGGAAAUGCUGGUGUAGAUGAACCUGUUUAUCAAAACUUACAGCUGUCUGUUACCUUAUUACCAGCACCAAACUACGAUCGAUCAAGUUCUUCCUCAAAUGGGAAUGACUUUGUGCUCUUCUGUAUGGCUCGUCGAAUUCCACAGAUUGAAGAUUCACCUAUGUCAAACAAUGUCGAACAAUUUUCUACCAAAUUGGAUCUCGAGGGUAAAAUUUUAACCAUCGACACUAGUGGUGUUAGUGCAACAUACUCUCAAUACCUAAACAAAACGUUAAUUGAUAAAUGUAUUCUCGAACUGGGUGAUCCAUUUGAUGUGAUCAACGAUCACCUGAGAUCAACUCUAAAAGGGAACAUGGAAUUGAGUCCUUGUUAUAAAUUUCGUGUGGCCUCAGAUAAAUAUUUACUCGUACAGACGCAAUCAAGGCUUUGGGAGGCUGAUGACAAACGAAAUGCUUUUAUUUCUUCGCUUCAUUCAAUUAUAACGAAUCCAGAUGAAACUGCAGCUAAUGUUUCGAGCCAACAUCAGAAGCAGUUACAACAUGUCAAUACAUUAACAGGCACGUCUAGCUCAACACCAGAUAAUUCAAAUUUUGUUGGGUCUCCAGUUUCAUCAUACACUAGAGAUUGUUCAAAUACUGUCAAGUCUCUUGUGCCCUCACCUUUUCAAUCUUUCGGCCCUGUUAGUCCUUCUAGUAAUUCUGGUUCAGCAGAUUACUCUUUAAAUGAUUGUUUAGGUCUUUCAAAGAUGUUUCCAUCAGGACUACUUGAUUUCGAUACUAAUUCUGAGAAUGCUGAAGGAUCAAGCUCCGAUGAUAUUAAUGAAACCGACAAGAACUCAAGUGACUUGAAGUCUUCGCAAAACUCACAAGCAUCUGUUAACGUUUCAUCGCUUAUGUCACAUACAAGUUUUGUACCCUCUGUCUCUUCAUCAAGUUCCAAUUAUAAUCCCGGAAAACAAAAUAACAGUCCAGUUCCUAGGAUAACUCCUAGCUCAACUACUUCAGGAUUGAGAAUGGGCAGCACAUAUUCCAGUGCUACUAAUGAAAUGCUUUCUCAAGGAACAAGUGACCAGAACAUGAAUCAAAGCAAUUCUAACUCACAGUCUCAACAACAACAUCAAUCACAACAACAACAGUCUCAACAACAACAGCAACAACAAUCACAGUCCCAAUCCCAAUCACAUUCAGGGCAGUCAUCACAGUCUCAGCAAUCAUCUGGAAACUCCUCUUCUCAGUCAUCACAUGGCUCAGGGCAAGGAGCAUUAGGUAUUGGUUUAGGUUCCGGCUCUGGCUCUGGUUCUGGUCAGCAGUCAAGACAACCUCCUUCGCCGUUGUCAUCUCGUCAACCUUCACCAGCUCCUGGAUCUGUUCCAAUUCAACAAUUACAAAUACCUAGUCCUGAACAACCUGCUGUAACUCCUCAAGCCAUCCAAAGUCCUUCCGGUCCUGCUAGUACUCAAAAAUUAAGGAAUCUCUUGACGCAAGGUAUUGAAGCUGACUCUCCCAGUAAUUCAGAAAUCAAUCAAUCUAAUCCAGGGAAUCACGAAUUAUUGCUCGAAUUGUUAAAUACAGAAGACGAAGAUGUUAGUGGGUCAUCUGCAAACAAUAAGUCAAAUACGUUAACAUAUGGCGGUAACUCUAGCUCAAAUUUGUUAUCUGGUUCAAUGUCGGUUGAAACUACUUCAACAACUGAUCAAUCGACUACACCUUUCGGUGCUUCUCAAAGUACAUCAUUAUCUUCGAACGUUUCUUUCAAGUUGACUAGUAGUAACCUUGGACAAAGCAGCAAUGACAAUGUUGGCAACAACAACAAUAUGCUUCGUCAAUUACUGAAUGAAGAUGAUUCGAGUAAGUUAUAUCGCCGCAAUCAAGAGUUGAUAAAUCAAUGGAAAGAAGAUGGUCAAUCCUCUUCCUCCAAUGUAAGCACUGGACUGCCCACAAGUCUUUCUGAUGUCUUAAUGCCCCCUUCCUCGGGCUCAGUGUUUCCCUCUUCUCGUUUUACCGGGGGACCUGGUUCAGUUAAAAGAAAAUCAGUUGAUGAACAUCAAUUGGAAAAUGAGACAAUCUCUGGUUCUCAGGCUUCGACUCCUGGAGGUAAUUAUUCAACUGGUGUUAGCAGUAAAAGACCUUCUCUCGGAGGGUUAUCACCAGGACCUCAAUAUAAUCAAACUGGUAAAUCACCGCUAACUGGCUUAGCUGGAGGAGGAUCUCUAGCUAGUUCAAGUCAGAGUAUUGGAAACGUUAGCAGUGCCUCAAGCAGUUUGUCAGGUAUUGGUAUUGGUACAUCUAUUGGAAGUACAACAUCUACCACAAUAUCAACAUCAGUCACAACAACAGGAGCUACCUGUGGCAGCACCAGUGGACUAGCCAGUUCAGGACAUGGUAGUGGGCAACCAGCUCAAUUGGCUAUACAAAAUCCAAUGUUGACCUCAAUGUUGGCGCAAACGCCGAAAACCUUACCAACCCCUCCAAUAUCUAUUCCAACUUCAAUUGUGUCUCAAGUGCCCCAAGAAAGACUUCCCAAGAACUUGGAGAAAAAGCUAAUCCAUACUCCAGCAAACCAAAUGAUUGGAAUAACUAGUUUAGCUUCGUCUGUAUCUUCCCCCACUGUUGUAUCAUCUCAUGUUACUUCAGGAGGAUCUCAAGGAAUUGUAUCUAUCGCUAAUGCGUCAAUUUCGAGCUCAUCACAUAUGACUAUUAAACCACGCCAAUCGGCUCCUCCAUCGCUUUCUCUUCAACCAACACCUCAACAUCAACAGCAGCAACAGCAGCUACAACAACAACAACAACAACAACAACAACAGUCUCAGCUACUACCACAGCUUCAUCAACCUCCGCAGCAAUCACACUUACCUCAGACCAGCCAACAGGCAUUUGUUAUUUCAAAUAGCGGACAACUUCAAAACUUUAGGCCCCUCCAUAGUCAGACUCAAGUUCAAAUUGUACAAACACCAGCAAGGUAUCCAGUUUUCCCGGAUAACCGAGCGACAGCACAACCUAUUCAACAGUUAUCCAAUGUUCAACCUGGCCUUCAUCAUCAGCAAUUACCAAAUUCAGGUGGUCAACCAAAUGUGAGUGGACAAAUCAAAACUAAUUUGACAGGAUUAUCUCAGUCACAACAGCCACAAUUACAACAACCAUUACCACAAGUUUCACCUCAGUCUCCAAACGUACAGUCUCACGUGGCAUUUAUAGAAUCCAUAUCUUCAACAACUAGCUCAUCUAUCAGUAGCUCAUCCAUCCUGGCUUCAUCAAGCCUAUUACCUGCUGUGCAAGAUUCACAGGACCCAAUGCAGUCCGAAAUUUUGGAUCAAGUAUGGAGUAUGCAGCAAGAACUGAACAUCGAGCCAGCUCAACAAAGUACCAUCACUGCUACAGCUCAUUCCACUACAGAUGAUUCAAUGAUAUUGGAUAUGCUAGAUGCGGUCCUUGACCCUCUAUCCUCCAAUUCUUCUAUUCACUCGACAAUUAAUCUACCAGUCUCUAGUGGCAUUAGUGGUUCAAAUCUUGUCUCGCCCCCUCCAGAUUUAAAUGAGAUGAAAGCUAUUUCGGAAAUUCGAAGGCAACUGAUGAGCUGUGAAACUUCACCGUCCCAACCAAAUCAUCCUGGUCCUCUACCGGCUACCAGUAGACCACCAGUAUUUACUCAUCAAACGGGUUCUUUGCCAUCGCCUUCUUUACAACAACAACAACCUAAUUUUUCAAAUAGUCCUGCUUUCCAAUCCCCUCUAUGUCCACCACCAGCUUAUGGAGUUACUAGUGUUUCUGCAGCAACACCUGGCUCUGUCCAUGGAGUAUCUUCUCAAUCAUCUCAACAACAAUUAAUUUUACAACAACCUGGUGUAAGUGGAGGACCCGGAAUGAGAAGGUUUCCGGGUCCACCUCACCCCAACGGCAACCUUCAGUCUUAUCCGAGUCAGAUAAUUCAACACCGAGCCACUGAACAUCCUCAGUUUAAUGUGACGCCGGGAGUUGUUGGACCACCCCUCCAGCUACAGCCUCGGGGAAAAGGGCCUAUGGACUCCAAAAAACAACGUCUCUUUAUGGCUCAACAACAACAAGAAAAGCAACGUUUGCUGGCUCAACAGACUCAGCAAGAGUAUACUUUACAUACACCUCCAGAUCGCACUGAGAGUGGAGAAAUGCCACCGAACGUUUCUUUACAAAUAAAAUCUAGAAUGGGUACAAUGACACCUGAAACAGGUCAAUUGAGUCCUCGUUAUCCCAUUUUAAAUGUUAAUGCUCCUACAGGAGGAGUUCAAGCUCAAAGUUCUUUACCUCAAUCUCCAGCUGGAGGUGGAAAUGGACCACCAUCAUCUUCAGUUGCCUCCUCACUUCAGUCAUCCUUUACUAGUCCAUCCACAGGAGGGCCUUCAACAACUUAUGGUCAACCAGCACCUCAGCCUUCACAUCGUAUGUCCCCACAUCCAUAUACCAGUGUACCCUCUCCUGUCGGAGGUCGUGGACCUAACUCUCCGGCAGCUCAUCUUCAAUUAGCAUCGCCUCAACCCUCAUCAACUUCAUCUCCAGUCAGUGCUCCUCACGGGUGGCCUCCCCCAGUUUCAACAAGCAAUGUACCCAUUGCCACUGGUGCCGGCCCAAACAGUAUACGAACUUUAGGUCCAACAGGUUUACCUGCCAAUCGAAUACAGCAACAAAAUCCAAUGCUUAAUGCUCAGCUCUCUCAGGGUACUUUUUCAACAACCACUGCUCAACCUAACAUUAGAUGUACUUCACAGCCAUCUCCUGCUAACCAACGUUUGUGUAACAAUCGGGGCUCCAUGGCAAGUCCUAGCCCGAGCCCUUUGCAUUCUGCUUCUCGUAACUCACCUAUUCCGCAAUACCCAUCAAGUCCUGGACUCUAUCAAUCUGAUAGACAAACCCCCGUUUCAUCUGUUGGGCCAUUAUCCUCUCAGGCUACUAGUUCUAAUAUUGGUCAACCACGAAUGAUUAAUCAAUCAAUGCAUCCCCAACAACAACAGAGGCCUCAAAUGAUGGCCAAUCGAGUAAAUUCGCCUCGGUUUGCAGCCAGAGUGAGUAGUGGUGAUGACGGUAGUGGAUGUCCUGGAAGUAGUAUGGGAAGUCCUUAUAGUUAUCCUCAGCCUAGUACUCCCAUCAUGGAUACCAGUAAUCCAUCCGGAGUUUCACAAAACCAAUUUAUUUUUGACAAUAGAUCUGUUUCUGGAGCGCAAACGUCCACAUCUAAAUCAGAAUUCAUUAAACAAGAGUUACGGACAAUGAUAGGAGCUCGAAAUCAACAAGCCCAACAACAACAGCAGGUUCAUCAACAGCACCAGCCUCAGCAACAACAGGCUCAAGCUCAACAGCAACCGUCUGUUUCCCAACAAUCCCAGUCUCAACAACAACCUAAUCAGCACAUGCAUCAAUCUAGUUCUAUGACACCAUCAUCAUCUCAAUCAACUAGUAGUAAUAUGCUUUGCGUAUCAUCAUCUAGUAAUUCACUGACUGCGGCUGAUCUGGAAUCAUUUGGGUUUGCCUUUGAUUUCUCUGAGCCAGGAAUAGUGAGUAGUGGAACUAGUGUAAACAGCAAUUGUGGGCCGGGCUCACCUCUGUUCAGUAACAUGUUUGACAAUGGUUCACAAGUAUCUUCACCUCUUACCUCAAGCUCAUCAACAGCCCAGGGAUCCAUGACAUUUAGUUCCAGUGAUAAUAAUGGAAGUGAUCAAAAGAGAAGCUUAUUGCAAGAACUUUUAUCGUCGCCAUCGAUGCCUCCAUAGAAACAUCUAUACAUUAUAUAUAGAUUAUAUAUACUGCUUAACAUACACAUACACGCGCAUAAAUACAUCCAAAAGCCCACACUUACAACACAUUUAACAUGUUAUUAAAACAUAGGUUAACAAAAUUCACCAAGUCGCCGUGAAGUAAAAAAUAGAAUAUUUCAUUGUUGUUUGAACUUAAAAGAGAUGAAAAAUUUUAUGGAACAUUGUGAUGAUGAAUUCGAGUUGUGUUUUUUUUGAAAGAUAAAAAUAAUAGCAAAAAAACAAUAACGAUCAUUUUGAUGCCACCCGUUAACUAUUUCAAAUUGUAAUAAAGAACUUGGUAAAAAAUAUUACCGAGAUAACAAUUAUAAAAAGAAAAUCUAUAUUAUUAUACCAUUAUACUUCCUAUUAAUAUACAUUAUUAUUAAAAACGUGUUUUGAUCAAGAGACGAUUUGGUGAUAAAUUAAACUCUCAAGAUCAUUUGAAGCUGCUAUUGAGUGUGAAACAAAAAUCUGGUGGAAACACUUUGGACCAACUCAAGAGUAAAUGAUGAAGAAAUGAUUUAGCUUCACAAUGAUUCAAGCAUUGUCUGAAUAACAAGUUUUAAUUUUGUCAACAAACAUGUUGGUUUAUGUUCUUUCCAUGUUUGGUGGUGGUUGGAAAAUCAAGGUUUCAACAAUUUCUUUGUUCGCGUAUCUGUUUGGACACCAUUUCAACUAUGUUUUAAUGAGUCUAUUGAAAAGACAGAAGGAACUCAGCAACAAAAAUCAAAAUAAACUGAAUUUAUUAAGAAACAUGGAGACAAGCAAGGAGAUAGAAGGAUAGAAGUAACUUUUUUUCUUCUGAAUGGAACCAUCUGAAUUUUGUACAAGCUGAUCUCAAAAUCAAGUGAGCUUGCAAAAAAAACUGAUGAUGUGGUGCUGUUUUUUGCUUAAACUUGAUGAUCACAUUAUCUUCAAUUAUUCUUUAAACUGAACAAAUGAUGAAACAUUGUGAAUUUGUUAAAGUGUCUUUUUGUACAAAUUGCUUUGGGAGGGCAAAUAUUAUAUUUCAAGCAUAUGGAACUGAUUGUCAGCAGAAAGGUAGACUAGCAUACUUGGUUAUGCUGAAUUAUCUCUUUCUCUUUUCCUUUCUUCUCCUUUCAUUUCUGCACCUCCUCUCUUUACCUAAUCUCUCUCUUUCUCCCUCUCUUGUAUCCUUUACCUUUCUACCUUUUUUCUUUGUCUUUCGCUUGUACGAUGACGGUUUAAAAUUUACUAUUGCUGCUGAUAUGAAUAACAUUAUGAAUAGCUGGACCCGCCGUUUGGUUUAAUUGUUACCUAAAAAGCUAAACAAAGUUAGCUAGAUGACGUUAAAUUGGAUAAGUGACGUUGCCUGACUGUAAACUUGAAAUAAGAGAAAUAUAAAAUGGGCGAAAAGAAAGGAAAGAAAGAGAAAGGUCGAUUAUGAUCCAGCAGCAAACAACAUGAAAUCAAAUCAACUCCAGAAAAAAAACGACGCUUAGUGAUCGAUCCCAUGAUAAGCAAAUGAUAAAACUACAAGACCACAACAUAAGGAAACAAAAUUUAAAAGUAUUGAACCAUCUUGAUAGAUAAGCAGUAAGGAAAUGUCAAAAUUGAUGAAAACAAUAGAAAGUAUUGUAAACGAUUGAAUGGAAAAUUGAAACAAAAGAAAAGACAAAAGAUGGAUUCCUUUGGCAAAAAAAUUCUAUCCUUGUUCCACUUUUGACUUCUUUGUACAAGUCAACUACAUUUUGUCACUAACUCAAAAGCAAGGUGAUAAGAGAUGCAAGGUAGAAGUGGAGAGACCAAUCUUGCAACAAACGAUAUUGUUUCUUUGAACAUACUAUAUAUUAAUUAGAAUGGAGAUAUCUUUUUAUGCUGUUAGAGAAUCAAAAGCCUUGAAUCAUAAUUUUCGCUGUUCUGCGAAUGACAUAAGCUUUAAACAACCAUUUAAUAAUGCCUCAACUCAUCAUGAACUAUAUAAUAUUAAUAAGACGAUAUAAGUGGAAAAUAGCCAUUUCUCUUGAAUUUUGUAAAAUCUUUGUUCUCAUCUUUGUCUCUUUGACUUUAUUUGUUUAUCUUCUCACCUUCAUCAUCACCAUCAUCAUUUUCCUCCAAUUUAUCCCCUUCUCUUCAUUUUCUUCACCAAACUUGUUGCUUUUCUUUUUCGCCUGUUCUGAUGACAAAAUCUAAAGAAAAGAAAAACUUAAAUCAAUUUCCUUAUAAUUAUUAUAAAUAUUUCCAAAACAACCUCACUCUCCAAUCAUCACGAUUAUCAUCAUUAUCAUUCUAAUCACCAUCAAUGGCAACAAGAAAUCAACAAGAAGCAAUUCAUCAUCAACCGUCAACAAUUUAUUGUAAUAAUCUUGUAAUCUUUCAAAUUUUCCUUUCUGUUGAUCUUAUGGAGACAAUAACUCAUAACUCUUUGCGUACUUGAUAAAAGCAAAACGGAUCCAAAUGUGAUUUUGACAACUGAUGACAACAAACUGAGAGUAAACUAAAACCAAUCAACCUGCUACCGGAUUGUUAAAUAUAAUACAUAAAGUUUUGUGAAUAAGAUAAAAUUAAGAUGUGUAUAUAUAAAUAUUAUAUUAUAUUAUUAUAUAAUUGGGAGAGAAAGUUUUAUGUGCUUUGUUUCUUAUUCGACGAAAAAGAUAAAUUCUGUCAUGCUGAUCAAAUUGAUGAGAAGAUGAUUUAAAUAUAUUAAAUUUACAAGGAUGUAAAACCUUUGCCCACACAUAAACACCACACCAAGCCAUUCUUGACCACACCUUGACACCUACACCGUUACACCUUAACAAGCUAAAGAUUAUUUGGUCUUUUUUGUUCAUUGGAAAUCAACUUUAUUUUCAAUUGGAUUACGAACUUUAAAAUGGUUUUGUUCACAUGUGAUUCAAAAAAAAAUAUGAUUUUUUGAUUAUUUUGCAAGAGAUAUUGAUCAACAUACAACAAAAAAAGAGUUAUUAUGUAAAUCAAAUGGAAACCAAUGAAACAUUUUAUUCAAUUCCUUCUGUGACCUUAAUUUCACUUUCGCUAUCAAGUAUACAUCAUCAUCAACCCUUUUCCUCUCUUUUUUUCUUUCUCUCGUCAAACAUUUGUCAUCCUUCAUUUUCAUCUUUUCCGGUUCCUUCUUUUUCUUUCUCAUCUUCCUUGCCAUCCCCACUUUUCCCAUUUAAUCUUCAUACUUGUUGAUAUUUUCGGAUCUCCUUUCCUAAAUUAGUUUUAUUAAAAUACUAUAGAAAA